AUGCAUCGGACCUCCUCAAUAGGAUCAGAAGAAUUUGUAGUGGAAGUCAUUGACCCAGUCUCUGCUUAUGUCAAACUUAUGAAAGAAAUAUUUGAUUUCCCAAAAAUUAAAAGUCUCUUAUCAGAUCCGAAGGAACCUUUUAAAAUUGUCAUUGAUUCUAUGAAUGCAGUUACUGGACCAUACGCUAAAGAAAUAUUUGAAAAUGAAUUAUGUGCUGAAGAAAAGAGUGUGAUCAAUGCUGUACCAUUGGAAGACUUUGGAGGAGGGCAUCCAGAUCCUAACCUUGAGUAUGCAAAAGAUUUAGUGGAUAUUAUGAAAGAAGGAAAACAUGAUUUUGGUGCAGCCUUUGAUGGAGAUGGGGACAGAAACAUGAUAUUAGGAAAAGAUGCUUUUUUUGUUACACCUAGUGACUCUCUUGCAGUUAUAGCAGACCACAUUGGAAUCAUACCAGUGGCAGAAGCUCUAAACAUCCCAUUUUAUGAAACUCCAACAGGAUGGAAGUUCUUUUGUAAUCUUUUGGAUGAAAAUAAAAUUGCCCUCUGCGGUGAAGAAAGCUUUGGUACUGGAUCAAAUCAUGUAAGAGAAAAGGAUGGAAUUUGGGCUGCUCUUGCUUGGCUCUCUAUCAUAGCACAGACUAAGAAACCAUUAUCUGAAAUUGUUAUUGGACAUUGGAAAAAAUAUGGGCGUCAUUUUUAUUUGAGAUGUGAUUAUGAACAAGUUGAUGCUAAGGCUGCCAAAGACAUGAUGGCUCUUUUGGAACAAGAGAUAACUAGUCCACAAUUUGUUGGAAGCUCCUUGCUAGGAAAACCAGAUAUCAAAUUCAUUAUUAAAGCAGCUGAUAAUUUUCAAUAUACAGACCCAACUGAUGGUUCAAUCACUAAGAAUCAGGGUUUGCGUGUCAUGAUGGAGGAUGGCUCAAGAAUAAUAUACCGCUUAAGUGGGACUGGGAGCAGUGGAGCAACCAUCAGGGUGUACAUUGAACAGUAUGAGAAAAAUGUUAAUAGGAUUCUUGAAGACAGAAUGAAAGUUCUGAAACCUCUUCUUGAUAUUGCAAUCGCAUUAGCCAAGAUAAAGCAGUUCACUGGAAGGAAUGAGCCAACAGUUAUCACCUAAUAUUGGCCAUCAGUCGAUAGACAGCAUAUUUAACUGUUCAAAAUUUUAACUUAUAUAAAGAGUAAAUCCUGAAUGAAAACUCAAAUACAUGUAUAUUUUCACAAGUUGUAAGAAAUUUGUUUUACCUUUAAUAAUUUAUUAUAUGUCAUCUUAGUCAUACCUAAAUUUUUUUGAAGACUUACUUGAAUGACUUCAUUGGCAAACACGGCUUUUUGAUUAAUUUUGUUUUAAUAACGAAACAACCAUUUCAACAAAGAAUCAAGUAAUUUUUCCUUUAUGAAUCAUAGAUUAAAUGAUUCCCUUUGAUAUAUUCAUGGUAAAAAUUAAUGGAAAAUAGAGUUGAAAUAUUUACACAGAUGAAGAAAGUAGGGAUAGUAUUUUCUCUUCAAUUUUCUGUUUUGUUUCAUUUUAUAUUCAAGUAUUAAAAAAGAUCUUUGAAAAAUAAAAGUAGAGAAUGGAUAUUUAUGGUGCAGGCUUGUUUUAGUUUCAGAAAUGACUCAGUAUUUGAUUUUGAAUUCUUAAAGAGACAGUUUAUCUAAUUUUUUAUAUUUUUAAAAUUUUUUUAUCCCAUAAAAUAAUGUAAAAUUUGAAAAAUUGAAUUAGUCUGUGUUGUAUGAUAUUUUAAAUCUAUAUUUUGUCAUGAUAAUAACAUAAUACCAUUUCUAGAACAUACUAAUUCUAAGAUCUUGGUAGUGAGAUCAGUGCCAGCCUUAGACAUUCGGAACACCCGUGUAAUGGUGUCACCUUUCUCUCCCCAAAAAAAUUAAAUUUAUUUAUUAAGCAGUGAUAUAAUAUGUAAUGAUUAAAUUUUUCAUUCAAUAUUGCUCUAAUACAGUUGCUUUAUUUAUCGGCUAAAAUUAAUUGUUUUAAGACGUUUUGUAUUUUUUUUAAAUUUAUAACAAGUGGUGAGGGCCCCUAAAAUUCCUAAAGACCCCAGGACAAGAUAGUAUAGGGGCCCUGGAUGCACUACCCUACCGCUGGCACUCAGUGAGAUAUAUACACAGUGUCUCCCAAAAGUUUUCAAUAUCAAGAAAGUGUAUCUUAUUAAUUUGAAAAAAAAGUCAUUGAGCCAGAACAGGUAUAACAUUUUAUUAAUUUAUGUUUGAGAAGAUGGGACAAAUAAUGAAGUAAACUAUAAAGAACAAGAAAGGCUAA